AUGGGCUACGCUGAAAGGUCCAGCGACCCCCAUUUGACGCCCGUUCAGGGUAUCUACGAGGGUAGGUUGCGCCAAUUUAUUGAUGACGGAGGCCAGUACCAGAAAUUGAACCUUCCCAAAUUUUAUGACAAAGAACGGAUAUCGCUGGACCAAGACCACGUCAAAGUCCAAUGGUACCAGGUUGCAUUCGAAAAGGGUUCGUCGCCGGUCUCACCCGACAAACGACCUCCCUGGGAUGAGAUUGCCCGUCGUGACAAGAACAACGAACUUUUGUUUCGCGACGCUUGGAAACACCAGCCCUUUGGCCCUAGCUGGUCUACUACCUGGUUCAAAGUCGAGCUGGACUUACCCAAAGAGUGGGUUGACUCCGAUGAGCAAUUAUUGUUCGAGUGGGACUGCAACAACGAGGGAAUCGUGAUUGACCCCGAAACUCUAAUUCCGAAGACUGCGUUCUCCGGAGGUGGCGAACGAAAUGAGUAUCUUUUACCAAAGGGCCUCAAACACCAUUCCUUCUACAUCGAGUGCGGUAACAACGGCAUGUUUGGAUGUGGAUUUGGAGAGAGUCCACCAAAUGAUAAUCGGUAUUUCAACUUGGACAAAGCGGAUAUCGUUUGGCCGAAUUGGGACGCUAGAGCCCUCUUUAUUGACUUUUGGAUGCUCUCGGAUGCAGCACGCGAGUUACCUAACGAUUCUUGGCAAAAGCAUAAGGCCAGGCAAGUCGGUAACUCGGUUAUGAACUUGUUCGAUCCUGAAGACGUUACCAGCGUUCAGAGAUGCCGGGAUUUGGCACACAAGGAAUAUUUUGACAAAUAUAGCGACAGUCCAGAGGUGUACCAAAAGGGCGAUACUAACGUCAUGACAGAUGUCUUUAGUAUGGGAAAUUGUCAUAUUGACACUGCGUGGCUUUGGCCUUUUGCGGAAACUCGUCGAAAAAUUGUACGUUCUUGGACUUCCCAGUGCACUUUGAUGGAUAAAUACCCGGAGUAUCAAUUUGUGGCCUCUCAAGCCCAGCAAUUCAAGUGGCUUUUAAAAGAGCAUCGUAACUUCUUCAAAGACGUUCUCAUUCCCAAGAUCCAGCAGUCUCAAUUCUUUCCAAUAGGCGGCUCGUGGGUUGAAAACGACACAAACAUUCCAUCUGGUGAAUCAUUGUGUCGCCAGUUUUUUUUAGGGCAACGGUUUUUCCUCAAGCAUUUCGGCAAAAAAUCUGACGUUUUCUGGCUUCCGGACACCUUUGGCUACUCGUCUCAGAUACCACAAAUUGCAAGAAUCUCUGGAAUUGACAAGUUUCUGACGCAGAAGUUAUCCUGGAAUAACAUCAACAAUUUCCCUCACACGUCAUUCAACUGGGUUGGUAUUGAUGGCUCCCAAUUGUUGACUCAUAUGCCAGCCGGCAAUACCUAUACGGCCAGUUCCCACUUUGGAGAUGUCAUGCGCACUGCGAAAGGUAACAAAAAUUCUGCUGUUUAUCAAUCAGGCCUCAUGCUUUAUGGCAAAGGAGAUGGAGGAGGUGGACCAACUGCUGAAAUGCUGGAGAAAAUGCGUCGCAUCCGAUCCAUGAACAAUCGUAACGGAAACAUUAUUCCUAAACUUCAUGUUGGCUCAACCAUCAAUGACUUCUAUAAUGACAUCUUGAAGAAAACCAACGACGGGCAAAAUUUACCAUCGUGGUUAGGAGAACUUUAUUUUGAGUUUCACAGAGGAACUUACACAACGCAAGCUCAACUAAAGCGCUUGAUGAGAUUGUGUGAAGUAAAAAUUCACGACCUUGAGUGGUUGGCAACGAAGGCUUCUCUACUCUACGCCAAAGACUACGAAUAUCCAGUAAACAAAAUCAAUGAGUUGUGGGAAGAUAUUCUUUUAUGUCAAUUCCAUGAUGUAUUGCCUGGGUCCUGUAUUGAAUUGGUGUACAAAUAUGAGGCGCGUCCGAUGUUAAGCGAAGCUCUAGAAAAGAUUGAAAAAAUGAUAAGCCAUGUUUUGAAAGUUCUCCAAAAGAAAGGCAGCAAAUUGGUUACUGUUGGCACUCUUCAAUCAUUUCACAGCGGUAAGGACGCUGUGAGUUCGGACUAUAAGACACCUGUGACUAUUGAAGAAAGCGAAAUUUCAAUUAAAAUGAUCAAUGGGAAUCUUGAGGUAACUAUUGACAAAAAAAAAGGUGUUAUCUCCUCUAUAACAGAAACCGAGAGGGACAUUGAAUAUCUGGAUUUGGAAAGCGGUAAAAACAGACUUGGUGCUAACCAAUUCGUUCUGUUUGAUGACAAGCCUCUUGGAUGGCAAGCGUGGGACACUGAGGUUUAUUCACUAGAUCAAUUUGAAUACAUCAGUACUUUGGAGAGCAUUCGCGUAAGCGACAGCUCCUCGGAGAAAUGCGCUGUUGAAUUGACGUUUAAGGUGAAAGCGGACUGUGAUAUCGUGACAACCAUUUCUUUAAAACAGGAAGGUCAAGAGAGAUCAGGGAGUAUGAUUGAAAUUGAUACCGUUGUCAAAAAUUGGAACUUGACGAACAAGUUUUUGAAGGUUGAAUUUCCGGUAAAUGUUCGCAACGAUUACGCCUCUUAUGAAACCCAAUUCGGAAUCACGAAGAGACCAACCCAUUAUAACACUUCCUGGGACGUAGCCAAAUUUGAAGUUUGCCACCAUAAGUUUGCUGACUAUUCCGAAUUCAGUAAAGGAGUUUCCGUGAUCAACAACUGCAAAUAUGGCUUCUCCACCCACGGCAAUUUAAUGCGUUUGUCGUUAUUGCGUUCUCCAAAACAACCAGAUGAGCACGCCGAUAUGGGAACGCAUCACAUGAAAUAUGCUAUAUUUCCACACAAAGGCAGCUUAUCGCACGAGACUGUUCACAAGGCUUUAGACUUCAACUAUUGCCACAAGUAUCAGAUUCCAGAUUCUGUUGCGCAGGACUUCGGAGGAUUAAUCAAGAUCGAAGGUGAUCCGAACGUUAUUUUAAUGAACAUUAAACGUGGUGAGGACGACAAAGAGCUGGGCUCUGAGUACUCUUCAAAAUCGUGGGACCAAAGAUCAAUGGUGAUUAGGGUUUAUGAAGCUUUGGGUGGAGAGUCAUCGGCAACAUUAUCAACUGAUCUACCUUUAACAAGUGCAUUGAAGAUCGAUAGUUUGGAGCUCACCGGUGGCGUCGCCUUGGACCUGACGAGAGAAGACUUCAAGGAAGCCAAGGGCCAAACACAAGUCCGGAUCAAAUUGAAGCCUUUUGAGAUUGGCACCUACAGGUUUGUCUUUUAG